CUCUCGCGGAAGUCCCGGCGCCAUUGGGAGGGCCGCGGCGGCUGCUCGGUGCCCUUGUUGCCGAGGGCCUCUGCCUAGGUCAUUCGCGGCUCUGGCGCCUGGCUGGGGCUGACUUCGGGGCUCGGGCGUGGCCCGCUGGGCGCCGGGGUGGCCUCGUCGCCGGCGGGAUGUGGCGAUUUCGCCGGGCCGCCGUGGCCUGUGAGGUCUGCCAGUCCUUAGUGAAGCUCAGCUCCGGAGUGAAAGGAAGCUUACCACUACAAAAACUGCAUCUGGGUUCCCGAAGUAACUACCAUUUUUGUCAUCCUACCUUAAAGCUGCAAAGGCCCCAAUUAAGGACAUCAUUUCAGCAGUUCUCCUCUCUGACUAACCCUCCUUUACGUAAAUUGAAACUUUCGCCAAUGAAAUGUGGCUACCAGCCCCGCAGAAAUUUUUGGCCUGCAAGAUUAGCAGCAAGACUCUUAAGACUUCGCUAUCUCAUCCUGGGAUCUGCUGUCGGGGGUGGCUAUACAGCCAAAAAGACUUUUGACCAGUGGAAAGAUAUGGUACCUGACCUUAGUGACUAUAAAUGGAUCGUGCCCGACAUUGUGUGGGAGAUUGAUGAAUAUAUCGAUUUAGAGAAAAUUAGAAAAGCUCUUCCUGAUUCAGAAGACCUUGCAAAGCUGGCACCUGACCUUGACAAGAUCGUGGAAAGUCUCAGCUUACUGAAGAGCUUUUUCACCACAGGUCACAAAUUGGUUAGUGAAGUCAUAGGAGCUUCUGACCUACUUCUCUUAUUAGGUUCACCGGGAGAAACAGCAUUUAGAGCAACAGAUCAUGCAUCUGAAAGUGACAAGCUAUAUAGAAAGGGUCUGCUUGGUGAGCUCAUUCUCUUACAACAGCAAAUUCAAGAGCAUGAAGAGGAAGCCCGCAGAGCCGCUGGCCAAUAUAGCACGAACUAUGCCCAACAGAAGCGCAAGGUGUCAGACAAAGAGAAAAUUGAUCAACUUCAAGAAGAACUUCUGCAUACCCAGUUGAAGUACCAGAGAAUCUUGGAACGAUUAGAAAAGGAGAACAAAGAAUUGAGAAAAAUAGUAUUGCAGAAAGAUGACAAAGGGAUCCACCAUAGGAAGCUGAAGAAAUCCUUGAUUGACAUGUAUUCUGAAGUUCUUGAUGUUCUCUCUGAUUAUGAUGCCAGUUAUAAUACACAAGAUCAUCUGCCAAGGGUGGUUGUGGUUGGAGAUCAGAGUGCUGGGAAAACCAGCGUGCUGGAGAUGAUUGCUCAGGCACGAAUAUUCCCGAGAGGCUCGGGCGAGAUGAUGACUCGUUCUCCAGUAAAGGUGACUCUGAGUGAAGGCCCUCACCAUGUGGCCCUGUUCAAGGAUAGCUCUCGGGAGUUUGAUCUUACCAAGGAGGAAGAUCUUGCGGCACUAAGGCAUGAAAUAGAACUCCGAAUGAGGAAAAGCGUGAAAGAAGGCUGUACAGUGAGCUCUGAGACAAUAUCCUUAAAUGUCAAAGGCCCCGGACUACAGCGGAUGGUACUUGUUGACUUACCAGGUGUGAUUAAUACUGUGACUGCAGGCAUGGCUCCUGACACAAAAGAAACCAUUUUCAGCAUUAGCAAAGCUUAUAUGCAGAAUCCGAAUGCAAUCAUACUGUGUAUUCAAGAUGGAUCUGUGGAUGCUGAGCGCAGCAUUGUCACAGACUUGGUCAGUCAGAUGGAUCCUCAUGGAAGAAGGACGAUAUUUGUUUUGACCAAAGUAGACCUAGCGGAGAAAAAUGUGGCUAGUCCAAGCAGGAUCCAGCAGAUAAUUGAAGGAAAGCUUUUCCCAAUGAAAGCUCUAGGUUAUUUUGCUGUUGUUACAGGAAAAGGAAGCAGCUCUGAAAGCAUUGAAGCUAUAAGAGAGUAUGAAGAAGAAUUUUUUCAGAAUUCAAAGCUCCUCAAGACAAGCAUGCUGAAAGCACACCAAGUGACUACAAGAAAUUUAAGUCUUGCUGUUUCAGACUGUUUCUGGAAAAUGGUACGAGAGUCAGUUGAACAACAAGCUGAUAGUUUCAAAGCAACGCGUUUUAACCUUGAAACGGAGUGGAAGAAUAACUACCCUCGCCUCCGAGAACUCGACCGGAACGAACUAUUCGAAAAAGCUAAAAAUGAAAUCCUUGAUGAGGUGAUCAGUCUGAGCCAGGUUACACCAAAACAUUGGGAGGAAAUUCUUCAGCAGUCUUUGUGGGAAAGAGUGUCGAGUCAUGUGAUUGAAAACAUCUAUCUCCCAGCUGCACAGACCAUGAACUCUGGGACUUUUAAUACUACAGUGGACAUCAAGCUUAAACAGUGGACUGAUAAGCAGCUUCCCAAUAAAGCAGUAGAGGUUGCUUGGGAGACCCUCCAAGAAGAAUUUUCCCGCUUCAUGACAGAACCAAAAGGAAAAGAACAUGAUGACAUAUUUGAUAAGCUUAAACAGGCUGUUAAAGAAGAAAGUAUUAAACGCCAUAAGUGGAAUGAUUUUGCAGAGGACAGUUUGAGGGUUAUUCAGCACAAUGCUCUAGAAGAUCGGUCCAUAUCUGAUAAGCAGCAGUGGGAUGCAGCCAUUUAUUUCAUGGAAGAGGCUCUUCAGGCUCGCCUCAAGGACACUGAAGAUGCAAUUGAAAAUAUGAUAGGUCCAGAUUGGAAAAAGAGAUGGAUGUACUGGAAAAAUCGAACCCAAGAACAGAGUAUUCACAAUGAAACCAAGAAUGAAUUGGAGAAGAUGCUGAAAUGUAACGAGGAGCACCCUGCUUACCUGGCGAGUGACGAGAUCACCACGGUCCGAAAGAACCUGGAGUCCCGAGGAGUCGACGUGGAUCCGAGCUUGAUUAAGGACACUUGGCACCAAGUUUAUAGAAGACAUUUCUUAAAAACAGCUCUAAACCAUUGUAACCUUUGUCGCAGAGGUUUUUAUUAUUACCAAAGGCAUUUUGUAGAUUCUGAGUUGGAAUGCAACGAUGUGGUUCUGUUUUGGCGAAUACAGCGAAUGCUUUCUAUCACUGCAAAUACUUUAAGGCAGCAACUCACAAACACUGAAGUCAGGCGAUUAGAGAAAAAUGUUAAAGAGGUUUUGGAAGAUUUUGCUGAAGAUGGUGACAAGAAAGUUAAAUUGCUCACCGGCAAACGCGUUCAACUAGCUGAAGACCUUAAAAAAGUUAGAGAAAUUCAAGAAAAACUUGAUGCUUUCAUUGAAGCUCUUCAUCAGGAGAAAUAAAUUGUAAUUAAAAUCCUGCUUGUAAUUGCCUCUGUCUACAUCUGAAGAGAGAAAAUUCCGAAGUCCUGACUUUUUUUUUUUCCUUUCUCCUGCUAUUCUGCCUUCCUAAACACAAAAUAAAGUCAUGGGAUAAAAAUCA